AGAAACAUAAUCAAUAUUGGUCAUAAAUCAUAAUAGUUUUUGUCAAACGUCCGCUUAAUGGUAAAACGCCAUAUAGCUUUUAAUUCCGAGAUAUUUGCUCAAAUAAACGGACAUUUUUUUAUUAAAGUAAAAUGAGUUUUGAAGAAUGUAUUCGAAAUGGAGAUCUCAUUGAAUUAAAAAAGUUGUUGCAAACUAAUGUAAAUGCAUUAAACGUGGCCUCUGGAGACCUCUUAAACACACCACUACACACUGCAGCAAGAAAAGGAUAUUUUGAAGCAGUUCGUUUACUAUUAGACGCUGGUGCUGAGGCAACAGUUAAAAAUAAAAAAGGACUAUACCCAUCUCAUAUAGCUGCAACAUACGGACGUUUGCAGUGUUUGAAAACUUUGUUAGAAAAAGAACCUAAACUGCUAAAUACUUUAGAUAAAAGUGGAAACAGUUUACUGCAUAUUGCAGCGUCAAAAGACCAUUUUGAUAUAGUACAAUAUCUCGUAAGUAAAAACAUUGAUGUCAAAAUAAAAAAUAAAGAUGGAAACUAUGCUUGCCACAAUGCUGCUAUAUGGAAGCGAGAAGAUAUACUCAAGUAUCUUGUUAAUUUAAAUGAAACUCCAAUUAAUGACUCAAACAACAAGGGUGAAACUUUGCUUCAUAUUGCAUCAUCAAAAGGUUGCUUGUUAAUGGUUCAAUUUCUAUUGUAUAAAGGUGCGUCCGCAUCUCUUAAAAAUCGAAAUGGAAAAACAGCAGUUCAAGAGGCUGCAAAUAAUGAAGUUCAAAAUUGUUUUCUGUAUUUCAAUCGCUAUUUAUCAAUAAGAAAAUGUUUGAAAUGCGACGAUACGGUGGCUGCUGUAUUAGCCAAAAGAAGGUAUGAAAAUGAAAACACUACAUUACACAUUGUAUCCAUGUUUGAAAACAAUCAGAAAGAAAUUCGACAAUUAGUUCGAAGUGGUUCCGAUGUCAAUGCACUAAACUCACUCAAUCAAAGUCCACUUCACUUGGCUAUUAUUUCAACUCAUAUUUCUAAUGCGGAAAUGUUAGUAUGUGUCGGGGCAAACGUUAAUGAAAGAGAUAAAGAAAACGGAAAAACUUUGCUGCAUUUAAUCGCCCAACAUAACAUUGUAAAAUGUUUACCCUUAUUUCUAAAAUCUAAAGUAUCUUUAAACCAAGUUGAUAAAAAUGGCGAAACCCCGUUAAUGUACGCAGCUAAGUACUGCUCACGUGACGUUCUUCUAUUUUUAUUAAAAAACAAUGCAGAUCCAAUGAUUGAAGAUAUUAAACAGAACAAUGUUUUGCAUCAUGCAAACAUGAAUGUGAUCAUUCUUGAUGAUAUAUUAAAAUAUUGUCCAAGACUCAUUGAUAAUCCAGAUGCAUCUGGAAACACAAUUUUAAUGAACGCUGUAGCUGAUAACAAUCUCAAAGCGAUAAGUGUAUUAAUCAGCCAUGGUGCUGAUCGCUAUAAGAAAAAUACUUCUGGAAAAAGUGCAUACGCUCUGGCUAUCAACUCAAAAAAUAAUGAUGUCAUAUUAGCUAUUGAAAAUAGCUACAAACCUGUAUUUUAAACAAAGGGUUGUAUUUUUUUAAAUUUUGCUUCAUUUAUUUAAGUGUUUACACCUUUUUA